GAGUUUUUAAGUACUUGAUUAAACUUAUUUGAUGCUAUAAUGGCUCAGCGAAGAGAUGGUGCAUCUUCACGAACUGGCUACCAACGUCUCAGCCAAGAUGACUCUGGAUUUAUAGAUGCCCAGUUCAAGGCUCCAGAGACCCGCAUCCCAUGGAAAAGUGUCUGGUUUGCCAUUGUUCUUCUGGUGAUAGGCACAGUGCUGCUGGUGGUUGGAAGCCUUCUUGUGACUGGUCACAUACAUGAGCAGUACAGUGACAGAACCUGGCCUCUUCUGAUACUUGGUGCACUCAUGUUCAUACCAGGGUCUUACCAUUCAUAUAUUUGCUAUUAUGCAUUCAAAGGCUAUGAAGGAUUUUCCUUUGAGAACAUUCCUUCUUUUGAUGAUUAAGUUUCUGGUUUUAAUAUUCUAAUGACAACUAAAAGUGCACCAUGGUCUGCCUGUGCAAUAUUUUUAAUUUCUACUCUCUUUACAUAUCAUUUUUUAUUAUUAGCUGUAAUUUUAGGUGUGGUAAUUUGAAUGUUCUCAGUCAAAGAUAAUAAAAAUGAAUUUUUUUCCAGUGAUACAUUUGUACCUACUUCUAAAUCUACUAUGUCCUCAAUUUUCACUUUUAGUUCAAAAUUGUGUAGUUAUUUUCAUGCCUAGUUUAUUUACAUGACAUAAAUUUUUUUCACUGAAAACAAAUUUUAUCCAAGACAUUCUUGUAGGAAUGUAGUCAUGAUUUCCUUAUGAAAAUCUGUCAACUUGACACCACCUCAUAUCACUGUGAUCUCAGUUUGGAACUCUCUCAAUGAAAGCUUAGUCAUUGUUGUCCCAUUCCAUGAAGAUAUUUAGAGAGCUUCUAGUCCUUGAAAGUUUUCUGCUUCUAUAGUAUUUAUCAAGUCUUGAUUUAGGUAGUUGUUAAUCUGUUUUUCUUCUUUUAGACUUCCUUU